AUGGAGAAUAUUGAUUCUUCUUCUAUUGAAGGAAAGGAGGAAGAAGAGCUGAUGAUGAUGAUGAAUUUGCCGUCGGGAUUUCGAUUUCAUCCAACCGAUGAAGAACUCAUCACACACUACUUAUCAGAGAAGGUUCUAAACAGCGAUUUCUCGGUCAUUUCAAUCGGAGAAGUUGAUCUCAACAAGGUCGAGCCAUGGGAUUUGCCUUGGAAAGCGAAAAUGGGGGAGAAAGAAUGGUACUUUUUCUGCGUGAGGGAUAAGAAGUAUCCGACUGGUUUAAGAACUAACAGAGCUACAGAGAAAGGAUACUGGAAAUCAACCGGGAAAGACAGGGAGAUUUUCCGGGGGGAAAUCUUGAUCGGAAUGAAGAAAACUCUGGUUUUUUACAUGGGUAGGGCUCCUAAAGGAGAGAAAUCGAACUGGGUCAUGCAUGAAUAUCGUCUUGAAGGAGAAGUUCAAAGUCACGAAUGGGUUAUUUGUAGGGUUUUUCACAAGACUGCCGGCGGGAAGAAAGUACCCAUCUCAGAUUUAUUUCCGACUAUGAAUUCAACUAUUGCCGCCGUUGGCGGCGGUUACGGCGAUGGAAUACCCAGUCCUCUUCCAUCAUUGACGAAUCAGUCCUCUUCUUUUACUGAUUUCGCUGCUGAUGUACCCUUCUUCUCCGACAACAAUCAAUUGGAUAUCAAAGAUUACAUCAUCAAUCCUGAUUUCUCACCAGUACCAGCACAGCCGCCACCUCCUUACCCCAUGAUUAAUCCUAUCCAAGAAUACCCAGAUCAGACUUUCAUUCAAGAUCGAACCUUUAUGACGAAUUCAGUGAAUUACUACAGACCGAACAAUAACAUGAAACAGACCAUGAAAACAGAGUUUGUGAACUUGUCUGAUCAGGAUUCAUGCAUGGGCAACGACGACAUCCCGGUGUUGUCGCACUGGGAAACGGGGCUGCAGCCAUUUCAUGGGCCGGAGAUGUCAGCUGUGCAAAUGGGUUCCGGCGGUCUUUGGUAUUUUGACCCUUGA